AUGGAGCCUUUGAAGGAAGACGAAGAGUACAGUUUCAGGGAAGUGUUGUUGCCGUCGUUGAUUCCGGUGGUGCCGGAGCCGGAACUAGAGAGAGAGACCGGCGGGAGAAGAAGAGGGAGAGAUGUAAUCAUCGCCGUUGAUCAUGGUCCCAACAGCAAACACGCCUUCGAUUGGGCUCUCGCUCAUUUCUGCCGCCUCGCCGAUACUCUUCACCUCGUCCACGCCGUCUCAAGUGUUAAGAACGACGUUGUCUACGAGUCGAGCCAGGCGCUGAUGGAGAAACUCGCCGUUGAGGCGUUUCAAGUUGCCAUGGUGAAGUGUAUAGCUCGUGUUGUUGAAGGCGAGGCUGGUACUGUUAUAUGCAAGGAAGCAGAGAGAGUGAAGCCUGCGGCUGUAAUCAUGGGUACACGAGGACGGAGCUUAGUAAGAAGCAUGUUACAGGGUAGUAUAAGCGAGCAUUGUUUCCACAAUUGCAAAUCCGCUCCCAUUAUCAUUGUUCCUGGGAAAGAAGCUGGAGAGGAAUCGAUUGUAGAAUGGACACGAUCAGGAGAUUCAAAACCUUGA